GCGGGGGAGGGGCACAAAGAUGGCGGACGUAGUCGUGGGCAGAGACAAGUGCGGAGAGCAGCGCAUCGUGUCGCUGCCCCUGUCCCGCAUCCGGGUCAUCAUGAAGAGCUCCCCCGAGGUGUCCAGCAUCAACCAGGAGGCGCUCAUGCUUACGGCUAAGGCCACGGAACUCUUUGUUCAGUAUCUAGCCACCUAUUCCUACAGACAUGGCAGUGGAAAAGAAAAGAAAGCACUCACUUACAAUGAUUUAUCAAAUACUGCAGAGGAAUCGGAAACUUUUCAGUUUCUUGCAGAUAUAUUACCAAAGAAGAUAUUAGCUAGUAAAUAUCUGAAAAUGCUUAAGGAGAAGAGGGACGAAGACGAGGAGGAGAAUGGCAACAAUGAGGAAAGUGAUGAUGAUGAAGCGGAAUCCUAACCCUAAAGCGAAGCUUGAAAAUGUCAGACUGGUGAGGGCCGCCCUGGAUAAGCACCAUGGCUUUUUUUUUUCGUUUUUUUUUUUUUCUUUCAUUGAUAUUUUAGAGAGGAAAGGAGAGAGGAGGAGAGGAGGAGAGAGCGAGACAUGGAUUUGUUGUUCCACUUCAUGCGUUCAUUGGUUGCCUCUUGGCUGUGCCCUGACUGGGGAUCAAACUUGGACCAGCACCACUGCUUUGAAGUAAGCAAACACUGGGCAGUUUCAGCCUCUUCACUUUUCAGAGUCUGAGUCCACUGUGUUCUUCCCCGGCUGAGACAGGGCAUCUGAUGCGCCCGCACCACCAACAGCCAAAAGCUGUCAGGCCCCCAUGUGGGUGAAGGGCGCCAAGAAAGGGCUGCCUGCACAGGCGCACCCGCCCGCUCUGUGCGGCCGGAAACCAGCUGCAGAGACAGCCUGGCUCCGCCUUGGCUUGCAGGCCGGUUUUGAAGAGCUUCUAAGUAUUACUUACGUGGAAACAACUAGAUCCAGUUUUAGCUAAAAAUAUCACUUGUUGUAUUUUGUUACGUUGUAUGAUGUUACACUUAAAAUUUUGUAUUUCAAGAAAAUUUCUUAGAAUAUUUGUCCAAAUACUGUGUUUUUUA